GCUCCUGCUGUCCACAGCCUGGUUGCUUCCGUCUCUGCAGCCCAGCACCACCAUGCGAGCGCCCUCUCACCCCGCCCUUCUGUUCCCAGGACCCGGCCCUGCGGGAGCCCCGGGUGCAUCCCUCGUGCUGUGCUGCUGCUGCUGCUGCUGUGUCUGGGGCCGGCCGUGCUCCUCACCGGGGAGCAGCUGGGUCGGGACCCGGCCCUCGGGCUGAACGUGACCUUCGACCCCAAGUCCUGGACGCUGUCUUGGAACUGUCCGGAAAAUGCCACCAACUUCAGAUGCAAAAUUAUUCCCAAGAAUGCUGACGUCAUUGAACUAAAGCCCAGGGGACGUGCCUGCACCUGCACCCUCAAGUACUUCCCGCUGCACCGAGGGGUGACGUUUGAGGUCCACGCCACCGUCCAGGGAAGGCCCGUCCGGGAGGAGCUGCAGUACCCCAACCCAGGGCUGAACCGCACGGCCGCCGACACCUUCUCCUGCUUCAUCUACGACGCCAGCUACCUGAACUGCUCGUGGGCGCGGGGCCCCGCGGCACCCCGUGACGCCCAGUAUUUCCUGUUCAUCACCAACACCAGGACGCGCAGGCAGCAGGAGUGUCCCCUCUACUCUCCGGCUGCGGGGACGCACACCGGCUGCCACCUGCGGGACCGCUCGCUCUUGGGCUUCGAGAAUUAUUUCCUGCUGACGGGGACCAGCGCGGGCACCCCGAUCCAGUUUUACGACGCCAUCUUUAAUGUAAAAGAAAUCGAGCGAAUGAGCCCGCCCACCAACGUCACCGUGCACUGCAAUGAAUCCCACUGCUGUGUGGGGUGGAAACGGCCCCAGACCUGGACCAGCCUGUCCCACAGGGAUUUCCAGUACCAGCUGGACAUCCAGAGAUCGAAUGCCGGGCCUGGCAGCAGGAAUCCCCCGGUGGACGUGGCCGGCCAGGCAGACAACCAGUACAGCAUCCCCAGCCCUCAGCCCCGCGCCAGGCACACGGUGCAGAUCCGCGUGAGAGACGUGCGCAGCGGGCCGUGGAGCUCGUGGAGCCAGCCCGUGGAGUUCGGCUCCGACACCUGGCAGCCCCGUGCCCUGAGCCUCUACAUCCCAGUGGUGCUGGGCACCGUCAUGUGUGCCCUAGUCCUGGGCUUCCUGUUUAAAAGGUUCUUCUCCGCCCACGGCCUGUGCCCCCGCAUCCCGCACGUCAAGGACAAGCUGAACAGUGUGGAUGGGGUCGCCGCUCAGGUGCCCUGGGAGGACAUGGUGCCCAGCGCCAGGAAGGCCAGCCCCGAGGACGUCCUGGUGGUGCAGGAGGUGUCCUGAGCCUGUGAGGACACCAGCAUGGCUGCGAGCACAGCAGGCAGACGCGGGAGCCCGCAGCGUCCUCAUACGUGGGGCUUUGCUGUGUGGAGCAUUGGUGUGGCUUUGUUUUUUAAGAAAAUGUUCUUUUGCAAAGGA